AUGCCGAACGAUCCUCACGCCAACCCUCCCGGGCCCGUCACCCACGGAGAAGGAGAAAUGCUGAUGUCAACGCCAGAUCGUUAUUGGCGCCUGUUCAACGACUUAGGGAUGCCACCCCCGUUAACCACGGUCGACCCUCCGGCCGCACUGCCCGAGGUGUUCCUAGCUCUCGCUAAGCAAGUGCAGGGAAUGAUGGAGAUAAUGCAGACCGUUGUCCCAUUUAUUCCCGAAAUCAGGCGACUGACGGACGCCUCCGCCGACCCGGCCCAUCGAAGGCCGAGCGCGGGACAGGAUGCAACCGGUGAAACCCGAGACGGAGCCAUCCACCACGAAGGUUCGCCCACGCGCGUCUCUCCCGCCCCCUCUCGAGCCGCACGGCGUCGCCCCGAGCCUGACACCGUAUCGUCCGACUCGGCGGACAGCUUCCUUAAGGUACAAUUCUCCCAGGUCAAUCGUCGCCUGGAUGAGUUCCAACGCGAGCUCCAGAGGUCACGGGACGAAUCAAGCGAGGGCACCUCGGGGGGGUCCCCUUUCGUUCAGGAAAUACAAGAAAAACCCAUCCCCCUCAACUUUAGGGUGCCGGCCCUCGAGACAUACGACGGCGGCUCCGACCCAGCAGAGCAUGUCGCCGCGUUCAGAACUCAGAUGGCCCUUUACGGCACGUCCGACGCGCUGAUGUGCCGUACGUUUCCAACCACCUUCAGAGGACCAGCACGCGCGUGGUUCAGCCGGCUGCGACAAUCCUCGAUCUCGUCUUUUGACCAGUUCGCCAAAGAGUUCGAACAAAACUUCCUUACCAGCGCGCGACCUCGGCCUUCCAUAGCCGCCCUGCUGGCACUAUCGCAGCACGAAGAAGAAACGCUCGCGCAGUUCGUGACGCGCUUCGCCGCGGAGGUCCGCGGCUAUUCGGACACUCACCCCUCUUUGAUCAUGCAGGCGUUCCUGACGGGGCUGAAACCAUCGAGAUUCUUCUGGUCAUUGAUCGAGAAGCCGCCCGCCACUGUCCCCGAGAUGCUCUACCGGGCAAACCAAUACGUCGCCGGCGAAGCAUUAGCAGCAGGAAGACGUCCGGUCGGGAAGAAAUCGCGAACCGAGCAACCCCGAGCCGCCACCUCGUCGGCCGACUCGCGAACCCAUCGGAGGCCCGACCACCACGAGCAGCGGCUCCCGAGGCCUCCGCCCCUCCCGCUCAACGCACCUCGCACCGAGAUCUUCCUCCAGAUCAGGGAGAAGGGUCUUUUGCGGCCCCCUAAUCCCAUGAGAGCUACUUACAAAAAUCGGUCGAAAUACUGCAGGUUCCACCGAGACCACGGCCAUGACACGGAAGCUCACGACCUCCAGAACCAAAUCGAGGAGCUAAUCAGAAGAGGGUACCUCGGCCGCUAUCUCAAGGAACCCCGCGAAGCAACCCCGCGUCCCCGAAUGCCCGUGGAAAGGCAGGUCGACGUCAUCAUCGGUGGACCGGCGGCAGGCGGCAACAGCUCAAGCGCGAGGAAAUCCUAUGCCCGGAGCUCGGUCGAGAAGCGCCCCCGACCCGAACUAGAACCCGAAAUCUCUUUCGGGGCUGAGGGGGAAAGAUCCCACCAUGACGACGCUCUGGUAAUUUCUAUCCAGAUCGCCAACGCCCGGGUGAAGCGGGUGAUGGUCGACACUGGGAGCUCCGCCGACAUCCUGUACCUCGACGCCUUCAAAAGGCUCGGCCUGCCCACUGAAGACCUCAUCCCCAUGAGCUCGGCACUCACGGGGUUCACCGGAGACUCAAUCUCCCCGCUCGGCACCACCACACUCCCUGUCUCCAUCGGGGAGGAGCCAAGGACCAAGACAAUAAUGACUACGUUCAUGGUGGUCGACCUGCCCUCGGCUUACAACGUCAUCCUCGGGCGGCCGACGCUCAACAAGCUAAAAGCAGUAGUCUCAACCUAUCACUGA